CCCUUGGCCUCGGCCUCCGGGAUCCGGGCAGUGCAUGGGGCCCCGGGCCGGGCUGCAGGCGUCCGGUAGCCGCUGUACAUGCUAGAGGCACGGGCCGGGCCAAGUGUCCCGCUGCCGGGUGCGCUCCCCUGCCAUCCAUCCCCAUCCCCAGCUCCCCGCGUGGGCGCGCGGACCUGGGGCUUCUGGGCAGCGAGUGUCCCCCUCGCUCCAGGCGAGUCUCGGAGGCGGCAGCGGCUCUCAGAGGGUCCGGGGAGCUCCGUGGAGGCGGGCCUGCUGGCAGCAAACAUGGACACCUUCAGCACCAAGAACCUUGCCCUUCAGGCUCAGAAGAAACUCUUGAGCAAGAUGGCAUCCAAAACCAUGGCCAGCGUGUUCAUCGAUGACACAAGCAGCGAGGUCUUGGAUGAGCUCUACAGGGUGACAAAGGAAUUCACCCGGAACCGCAAGGAGGCUCAAAAGAUCAUCAAGGACCUCAUCAAGGUUGUCAUGAAGCUGGGUAUCCUCUACCGCAACGGGCAGUUCAGCCCAGAAGAGCUGGCGCUGAUGGAACGCUUUCGAAAGAAGGUCCAUCACCUGGCCAUGACAGCAGUCAGCUUCUACCAGAUAGACUUCACAUUCGACCGUCGGGUCAUGGCCACCGCCCUCCACGAGUGUCGAGACCUGCUGCACCAGGCUGUCAACACACACCUGACAAGCAAAUCCCAUUCUCGGAUCAACCGUGUCUUUAACCACUUUGCAGACUAUGAAUUCCUGGCGGCUCUCUAUGGACCCUCUGAGCCCUACCGCUCCCACCUGCGACGGAUCUGUGACGGGAUCAAUAAAAUGCUGGAUGAAGAUAGCAUAUGACCUCAGAAACUAUAUGAAAUACAGGGACAACUAUACUGCUAUGGCCUCGGAGGUGGGGGAGAUGUGUUUUUAUUCCUAUUUCUUUUCUCCCAAUCUGAAUCUAGCCCGACUGACUUGAUCUUCUCCCAUUCCUUACGGCAUAACAGGGAAUUUGCAACCCACAGAAUUGUUUUACCAGCAGAUUUCACAGGCAUCGCCUCCACCUGUGUAGGAAGUGCUCUCAGGGAACAGAGGAGCCCAAGGGGCUUUUUGCUUCCAAGAGUGGUGCAUUUUACCGUGGAGGAGAAUAUGGCGUGGUGGCUAGCAGCACCUCAGCUUUGGGGAGUUGGCCACACACCCCCAAUGAAUCCUCUGACUUGGUCGGUCUGAGCUCUCAUUCCUGUGUGUAGCUCAGGAACUGCCCUGUGGUCUUAUGAGAUCCAGCUGCAUUCACACUUCUGAAAGCCCAGUGUAUGCAGUCCAGGAGCUAGCUAGAGAAAACCUACCGCAUAGGAGCAGGCCUCCUUCCCACUCUCAAUGUUAACAGGACCUUGGGGUUGUUUCAUGCAAAGAGGCAAAGGCCUGGGAGUUCCAGUACAUGCAGGCUUUAGGUGCUGUAUCUGUUUGCAAGGCCUGCAGAAGGUUCAGGAAGAUUUGGUGUUUUUUGUUUUCGUUUUUUAGGACUUAAAGGUUCGUAAGAACCAGAUCUGUUUAGGAUAUAAUCUUGGGCUAAAGAAACAGCUAGCAGAGGGAAGAUAGAUACUACUGUUGAGGAGAGAUUGAUGGUUCAUCUUACAUGUCCCCUUUUGAACUCAAAGGCGCAUAGUUGCUUGUCCUGUGGUAUUUUUCCACCGUGGCUGGGACUCCCUUUCCACAUGUGGGCAAAAGGCCAUGACCACCCCCAUCCUCAUCCAUGAGAUGCAAAUGAACCUUCCAUACUGUGGAUUCUCAUUUCCAGUGAGAUCAGAGAUGAAGCUUCAGACCAAAUGACAAAUGGGCACUUUGUUUAUCCUAAGAGGAACCCAGAGGUUCCCCAAUGACAUUCUGUCCUCAGUUCCUCCAACUGAUUCUAUCAAUAUAAUUGUUUGUGUUUGUUCCUUGGUCACUAUCCAAUCUGGCCUUAGUAUUUCACGGGUUUGGGAUUAAAAAAAAAUUUUUUUUUAAAGACAACUGACACUACUGAGCUAUUUAAAUAAAAUCACAUGUCUUCUA